AUGACAACCGCACGAGAACAAUUAACUCAAUUACAAAACACAAUUUCUAAACUUCCUAAAGACAAUCAAAAUGUUUACCAAAAAAUAUUGGUUUUAUUAUCUGAUUUUAAUUCAAGACUUGAAAAAUUAGAAGGAUGUAAAUCGUUAGAAUCUAGUUCUGAAAGAGAAGAGAAAUCUGCACCUCGCAUUUCAAUUACUGCCUCUACUAAUUUUAUCUCUUAUUCUACAUCUGAAAUUCCUGAAAUUAAUUCUGACCUUUCUUUGUUAAGACAGUGGACAGGGAAACAAACUUUUAGAUUAUUAUUUGAUUCUAGCCGUGAUGGAUUGCUUCCAGCUGCAUUUAAUACUACAACAUCUUUAAUAACCAACAUGAUGGUCAUCGUUAUCUCAUCAGACAAUUAUAUAUUUGGUACUUUUAAUUCAUAUUCUGUUCCACCACCCCCAGUAUCUUCUGAUACAGCCUAUAUUGAAAAAGAUCCUAAUUACUUUGUCUUUUCAUUGAAAAACCCACAUGGAAUUGUUCCAACCCGAUUCUCACGUAAAAGACUUUCUACUACUUUAAGGAUUUGCCCAUCAGAUGGAGAUGUUGUUGUUGGUGCAUCUGAUUGUUUCAGUAUUAUUCCUAACAAUUCUUAUAUUAUCCCAACCUUUGGAUCAUAUUAUAUUGAUACAACAGGAAAAGGAGCUGAUAUUUUUGUUGGUAAUCAUUACCCAUCAAGGUUCAGUGUUAAAAAGGUGUACGCUAUUCAAUGGGUUUAG